CUGCUUUCUCUGGCAUCACGUACAAAAAGUGGCCAAGCCAUUUUAUUCUUGUCAAGAACGGUUGAAGUAUAUCAAACGUUUUAAAAGCUGUUGCAGACAAGGCAACAAUUAAUAGCACCGAAAUGUUUCGAAGGCCACUUAUCUGCACCACAAAAGGACUAAAAAAAUACGCCAUUUGGCUCAUUGGAAUAGGAUUCGUUGGCACUUGUGUACUUCACUAUACCUCUCAGCAGUUUGAUAUCAAUAAAAUUAAACUGAGCGAACUCAAUUUCAUCUCAGAUGGCAUCCCACCAGAAAGAAAUGAAAUCCCGAUCGACUUUAUCGAUAACAAAUAUUCUGGCAAUUCAAAAACGAUCUUGUUCUGGACGACUUUUUUUGGCGGGCACGUCUGGAGUAAAUUAAAAAUGGAUUUGAAUGAGGAAUGUCCCUCUCAUAACUGUCGGCUAGUCACCGAUCGACGCCUGUUGAACGAAAGCGACGCUGUAAUGUUUCACUUUUGGAAUGACAAGUUGGACCAGAUACCAACAUAUCGCAGACCAGAUCAGCGUUACGUUUAUUUAAAUUUUGAAUCUCCCACUCGCAGUCGAAAUCAUUUCCCUUGGAAAAAGAUUCCCCGUGACUUCUUCAAUUGGACGGCCACUUAUCGACUCGACUCCGAUCUUUUUGGCAAUAUGUUUUAUGGCUUUAAAUUUGAGCGAAAAGAAUCCGCCCAACCGAGAAGUGACGAUUUGACUAAUUACUACGGCAUCAACAUUACGGCCAAGACGAAACUGGCGGCUUGGUUUGUUAGCAACUGCAAAACAUCGGUCAAUCGGGAGGGCUACGUCCGUGAACUUCGCCGCCACAUCCCAGUCGACGUCUAUGGCAAGUGUCUAGAGAAUCACAAGUCCUGUCCGAGAGAGAAAGAGCCCGAAAAAGAGCCACUGUCGAAAAUCAAGACCAAGUGCGAAAUUAUGCUUGAGCGGGAUUACCUUUUCUACCUGAGCUUUGAAAAUACUUUUUGUCCGGAUUAUGUCACAGAAAAAUUUUACAGAACUUUUCAAACGGGAACUAUUCCGGUUGUGUUUGGAGGAGCAAAUUAUUCCUUGUUCGCUCCGCCGCACUCUUACAUCAAUGCUCGUGAUUUCCAGACGCCCAGACAGCUGGCGGAUUAUUUACUCGAACUGAGCCAGAACCCCGAACAAUAUUCGAAAUACUUUGAUUGGAGAGGGGAGUUCAAUUUAAAGCGAGAUUCCGGGUGGUGCAAACUCUGCGAAAUGCUCAACGAGCCCAUUGUUGAAAGAAAAAGUUACCCACUCAUUGAGGAAUGGUUUUUUGAUAAAUAUCCUUGUGAGAAUUACCACUGGACUCCAAACACAAUAAAUUAAUUGGCCGUGUUGAA